AUGCCAGCCCAGUACCGUGCCAGCCCAGUACCGUGCCAGCCCAGUACGGUGUCAGCCCAGUACCGUCUCAGCCCAGUACCGUGCCAGCACAGUACCGUAACAGCCCAGCACCGUGCCGGCCUGAGCACGGUUCCAGCCAAGUACCGUGUGAACCCCGUACCGUGUCAGCCCAGUACCGUGUCAGCCCAGUACCAUGUCAGCCCAAUACCGUGCCAGCCCAGUACCGUGCCAGCCCAGUACCUUGCCAGUCCAAUACCGUGCCAGCCCAGUACCUUGCCAGUCCAAUACCGUGCCAGCCCAGUACCGUGCCAGCCCAGUACCUUGCCAGUCCAAUACCGUGCCAGCCCAGUACCUUGCCAGUCCAAUACCGUGCCAGCCCAGUACCGUGCCAGCCCAGUAUCUUGCCAGUCCAAUACCGUGCCAGCCCAGUACCAUGCCAGCCCAGUACCGUGCCAGUCCAAUACCGUGCCAGCCCAGUACCGUGCCAGCCCAGUACCUUGCCAGUCCAAUACCGUACCAGCCCAGUACCGUACCAGUCCAGUACCGUGCCAGCCCAGUACCGUACCAGCCCAGUACCGUGCCAGCCCAGUACCGUGCCAGUCCAGUACCGUACCAGCCCAGUACCGUGCCAGCCUAGUACCGUGCUGGACAGAAUACCGUGCCAGCCCAUUACCAUACCAGCCCAGUACCGUGCCAGUCCAGUACUGUGCCAAUCCAGUACCGUGCCAACCCAAUACCGUGUUGGUCCAGUACUGUGCCAGCUUAGUACUGUGCCAGCCCAGUAGCGUGCCAGCUUAG